AUGGCCAAGGAUGACAGCCCGUACGUAACAUCCGCCUUCGGUCAACCUGUUCCAACCGUCACCCAUUCGCUCCAGAUUGGAGGUUAUCCCGUAUCUUCUGACGUUCAUCUUUUCGAAAAGCAGCAAACGUUCAAUCGGGCCAAAGCCCUCGAGCGUAUGGUCCAUCCUAGCGGCUCGGGAGCGUUCGGCUACUUCGAAACAACCACCGACGAAGCUGGGAAGUUGAGCAAGGCUAUGUUCCUUCAGGGGGUAGGCAAGAACACCCCCGUUUUCACACGCUUUUCUACGGUGACUGUCGGAAAGGAGUUUCCGGACUCGUGUCGGAACCCGAGGGGGUUUGCGGUGAAGUUUUACACCGAGGGAGGGAAUGUAAGUGAUUAUUUUGCGGUUCCGCUGAAGGUGUCAUGGCCGGACGUCAUUCGAUCCCAACAACGCAACCCUCGCAACUUCCUGAUCGACUACGAUUCUUGGUACGACUUCCUUGCCAACGUUCCGGAGAGUAUGCACGCCGGAACGAUGCUCAUGUCUGACCACGGCACUCCCGUCGGCUGGAGAUUCAUGGAUGGGUUCGGUUGCCACACUUUCAAAUGGGUCAACGCAAGCGGUGCACAGACGUUCGUCAAGUAUCACUGGCUCUCGGAGCAGCCAAGAAGCAUUGCAUGA